GUUAGGUUUGGUUCAUAUUGUGUUGGUUCGUUGUUUAAACCAAAACAAUGAAAUUGGCUUUGGUUGUGGUAAUUUUGGCGUUCGCGCAAGUGUUCGCCAAACCUUCGCCUUCCCUGUCCCAGGAGUUCAUCGACUCCAUCAACGCAAAGCAAACCACCUGGAAAGCCGGAAGGAAUUUCGAUGAGAAAACUCCCCUUUCACACAUUCGUUCGUUGCUCGGUUUAAAGAAGGACUUCAAGAAGUUCAGGCUACCAGAGAUCGAACUGAGAGACGACGAAGUACCAGAGAGUUUUGAUGCCCGUGAAAAAUGGCCUUCCUGCGAAUCCAUUGGACAAAUCAGAGAUCAAUCCGUCUGCGGUUCUUGCUGGGCUUUCGGAGCUGCUGAAGCCAUGACCGACAGAAUUUGCAUUCACUCCGAUGGCAAAGUAAAGAAGGAAAUUUCCGCCGAAGAUUUGGUUUCCUGUUGCACCUCAUGCGGUUUUGGUUGCCAAGGAGGUUAUUUGUACCAAACUUGGAGAUACUGGGUAUCCACCGGUAUUGUAACUGGUGGUGGAUACGGAACAAACAACGGUUGUAGAUCUUAUUCGUUCGCUGAGUGCAGCCACCACGUUAACGGAAGCAGACCUGCCUGUGGUGAAACCCAACCAACCCCAUCUUGUGUCCGCAAGUGCGAUGCUGACUCCUCUUUGAAUUAUGAAGACGACUUGAACUUCGGUAUCAGAGCCUAUUCUGUCAACCCAUCUGAAAAGCAAAUCCAAAUUGAAAUCCAAAGUUUCGGACCUGUCGAAGCUGCCUUUGACGUUUAUGAAGAUUUCCUUACCUACAAGAGUGGUGUAUACCAACAUGUGAGUGGCAGUUACUUGGGAGGCCAUGCUAUCAAAAUCUUGGGAUGGGGAGUUGAAAACGACACACCAUACUGGCUGGUUGCCAACUCUUGGAAUGAAGACUGGGGAGACAAUGGUUACUUCAAGAUUCUCCGUGGUAAGAACCAUCUUGGCAUUGAAGAUGAUGUUACUGCUGGUAUUCCCAAAGGAGAAUAAAUUAUUUAAUUGUAGAUGUACAAAUAAAAUUUUUUGAGGUAGA